AGGAGGAGGAAGAGAAGGAGGAGGCAGCAGCGGAGCAGGAGCAGCGCUGGAAGGAGUGGGAGCGGGACAGCUCCGACGGGACGGGGGAGCCCGGCUGUGCCUCCAGCAGGAAUAGACCGUCCCCACAACCUGCCGCCUGUCGGACUCAUCCCUCAUGCCGGGGAAGCUGAGGCGCGGCAGGCGGGAGGUGCUGGGGGAGAAGCAGUGGCGGAGCCUGGAGGAGAGGGGAAGUGCCCAGCUGGAGCAGCCCAAGCUCACCAGAUCCAGGACCUAUGAGUCCUCCUGCAAGGAGGCAGAGCAGGCGGCCACGGGCAGGCAGGGACCCCCAUCCCCCUCGCUGAGCAAGCAGGACAGCAGCUACCGCCGGGCCUUUGGGGAGCUCGCCGAGCAGGACGUGCUGCUGGGCUGCUUCUCAUGCGCCUGGCAGAGAGAGAUGCCCUACCACGGGCGCCUCUACGUGUCCUCACGCCACAUCUGCUUCCACUCCAACCUCCUGCUCAAGGACAUCAAGGCUGUGGUCCCUGUCACCUCCAUCUCAGCCCUCAAAAAGACCAACACGGCGCUGCUGGUGCCCAACGCAGUCAGCAUUCGCACGGCCAAGGGGGAGAAGUUCCUCUUUGUGUCGUUGCGCCAGCGAGAGGCCACGUACCAGCUCCUGAGGUCGGUCUGCAAACACCUGCAGGUACGCAGGGAUGGAUGGGGAUGGGGGCUCCAUCCAUCCAUUGCAGGGCACCUCCCUUCAUCUCUCCUUGUCCAGGACAGCGGCCAGAGCCCUCGAGACCUAUUGAGCAAUGGGGAAACCCCUAGGAAGUCUCAGUCGGACCUGGAAGAGAGCACCCCGGAGCCCAACAGCCUCCAUGAAUCCCUGGAUGAGCCAAACCCCAGAUCGAGUCAAGCGGAGGACAAGGAUGACGAGGUGGCCCUGCUGGUUCCCAGCAGCAGCGAACGGGUGCCCUCAUCAGAGACACGUGGCCUCUGGGGGGGACCCCAUACCGUGCUCUGGGCCAGAGCCACUGCACUUUGGUCCCGGCUAAAACCCCAGCUGAGCCUUGUCAACAUCAUCAUCCUCAUCUACCUGCUGCUCAUGGUGGCCUUGCUGCUGUCCUCGGGGUACAUCGGUCUGCGCAUCGCGGAGCUGGAGCAGCAGCUGGCGUUCGCGGGGGCUUGGCCAGACCUCAACCUGUCACAGCAGUACAAGACAACGUGAGGCCACUGAGGACCAUGACCAGAGCUCCAGCCAGGGGUUCAGGGGCUGCUGAGCCCUUCCUUGGCCUCUCAGGGGGUGCUCUGUCACCAAGUGCCUUCCAGCCCCCCGCAUGUCCUGGGAAGUCCACGUGUGCUGGGAGGCUCCAUCUCACUGCCCCGCGUCUGCCCAGCAGAGGAGACCCAGGGAGCUCCCAGCAGGGCACAGAGCUGGAGUCAGCACCAACCCCCACCCAGCCCUCCCUGCUGAAGGGGGGAGGAAGAGGGGGCCAAGCCCCAGG